AUGCCAGUCAACGUCGCGCUCAUCGGAGGAGGAAUCUGGGCACGCGAGGAGCACCUGCAUCAGCCCGCUAUUGAAGCGGCGGAGAAUCUCGAGCUCACGGCCGUUUAUUCACGCUCUCUCAAAUCCGCCCAGUCGAUCGUGGAUAUCGCCGCGCGACCUCUCGAGCUGUACUCGGACGAUUCCGAGCGGGGCUAUAAGGAUAUCCUCGCCAGAUCUGAUAUCCAGGCCGUUGUCAUUUCGCUACCGAUCUCGAGCCAGGUACCAUACAUCAAACAAGCCCUGCUGGCCGGGAAACACGUCCUGUCGGAGAAGCCUGUCGCGGAGAAUGUUCAAGAGGCUGAAGAAUUAAUCCUAUGGUAUCGCUCUGAGAUCAAGAAUGCAACAUGGGCAGUCGGGGAGAAUUGCCGGUUCUUGAACAACUACGACUUCGCGGCCGAGCAGAUCAAAUCUCUUGGUAGGAUCGUGGGAUUCCAGGGCCGACAACAGGGAUUCAUUGAGAGGGACUGGAAAUUCAACCUCACCGAGUGGAGACGCAAUCCUACGCAUCAGGGUGGCUACAUUCUUGAUGGCGGCGUUCACUACAUCGCAACCCUUCGAACACUUCUCGCUGCGCAGCCUGGGAAUGAGAUCGCUCGGGUCUCGGCUUUUACCAAUCUCGUUCAACCAUAUCUUCCCCCGGUCGACACAGCGGACGCCAUUCUGCGAACGAGAUCAGGAGUUACGGGGACAUUCCAGAUUUCGCGGGGAACAAGUCUUAAGGCUGAUGAAUGGACUAUCGCGUGCGAGAACGGGUAUGUGACUGUACUGGUGGACAAGGUAAUUGUGAGUCGCAAUGGCCAGGAGGUUAUUGAAAGUGUUCCAAACGAGAGGAGCGGUGUUCCCCCUGAAGUGCGGGCCUGGGGCAGGAGCCUUGUCAGUGGAAAGCUGAGCUGGGAGCAGGAGCCCGAGGCUGCCCUUGGGGAUCUUGAACUGCGGUCAUUUCCCGAGAAUACACGGUUGACAAGUAAUCUACUCGUUAUUGCAAUGUUUGACUCUUUGAAGCUCGACUGGAGGAGCCAUGGCUGGGCCAUUUUCUACUGUGGGAUAUCGGCCAUUGGCGCCCUCUGCUAUGGCUACGACAAUACGUACUACAAUGGCGUCCUGGCCAUGCAGCAGUUCAAGAAUGACUACGGCACGCACCGUGAUGCAGACGGUAACCUUGCUCUGCCCUCCUCGUUCCAGUCCCUCACAGCCUCCGCAAUCUAUAUCGGAGACCUGCUAGGCGCCAUCAUCGCCGCACCCAUCAACGACCGCUGGGGCCGCAAGUCCACCUUCUGGUUCGCGUCAUUCUGUAUUCUUGUCGGUGGAGUUUGUCAAGUCGCCGAUACCAUCCACCACCAGGCCAUCGUCGUUGUCGGCCGCAUCCUCAUCGGCCUGGGGGUUGGCCAAUUCACGGUGACAUCGCUGCUCUACAUCGGCGAAGUGGCCCCCUCCAGCAUCCGCGGCCCAGCCCUAAUGAUGUUCCAAUUCCUGCAAUCCUGCUCGCAGCUCGUCGCAUCAGCUCUUAACCAGGGCACCGAGACAAUCAACAACUCCCUCUCCUACCGGCUCCCCAUGGGCGGCCUCGUCGUCCUCCCCUUGAUAAUGUUCGCCUUCCUCCCCUUCCUCCCCGAAACACCAAAGUGGUACAUCUCGCAAGACCGCCCCGCAGACGCAGAACGCAGUCUCCGCCGUAUCAACCGCAGCCAGGCACACUACAACCCAACGCCCGAACUAACAACCAUCCAAACAGCCCACCAAAUCGAAUCCGAGCAAACAAAAUCCUCCUCCUGGUCCUCCCUCCUAACAGACCCCAUCGAACGCCGCAAACUCAUCUUCUCCGCCGGCGCCAUGUUCUCCCAGCAAAUCUGCGGCAUCCUCUUCUUCUACGUCUACGGCGUCGUCUUCAUCCAAGAAAUCGGCGUCGCAGACCCCUUUCUCGUCCAGCUCGCCAUCAACAUCGUACAGAUCUUCGCCGUCGGCGCCUCAGUCAUAACCGGAAACAAAGUCUCGCGGCGCUCAAACCUCCUAAUCACAAACGGCAUGAUGCUAGCAGCAUUCAUCGUCAUCGGCGCCAUUGGAACCAGAGACCUCACAUCAAAAUCCCAAAUCGUCAUCGUGGUCUUCAGCUUCAUCGUGGUGGUGGGAUUCAAUUUCGGACUUGGCCCACUGGCAUAUACAAUCGCGCGCGAGAUGGCAGUCGGCGUGAACCAGAAUAAAAUCAUGAGUAGUUCGAUCGUGGUCUUUUAUUUCACGACGUGGCUUGUUUCGUUUACGGCGCCUUAUAUUUAUUAUGAUGCGGGACUGGGACCGAUGUUGGGGUUUGUUUAUGCGGGUACCACUUGUUUGGCCCUUGCGUGGACUUGGUGGUGUGUUGGGGAGACGGCGGGGAGGUCGGGGUUGGAGAUUUCGUUGUUUUUUAGGAAUCGAGUUCCUGUUAGGGAGUGGAGGGGGUAUGUUUUUGAUAGUGACCAGGAUGCCAGUGAGGGGGGGAGGGAGAAGGCGUCGUUGGAGAGGGAGGUGAAGCAUGUUGAGCGGUCUGCUUGA